CUCAAGCUAUCGGGCUGAGAAGUCACGCUGCUGGAGCGAAAGGGGAAAGAUAUCCACUUACAAAGACACCCGAUAUCACUCGCAUGGCGCACGGGUAACCUGAUCGGCUUUGGGCAGAAACGAGGCGGGGUGACGGACUAAAGGAAUCUAUAGGUGAAGAAUAAAAACAAUGUCUGUUUCCUCCAGUGAAGUGACAGUGACCGGCGAGAUCAAAGAGGAAAAUGUGAAGUACACGGAGCCUCUCGAGAGCUCCACAGAUAGUCGGGGGCACGUCAAACUCCUGACUCUGGACACUCCGGUGGCCACCGGGAUGCUCGUCGGGCAGACCUCUCCACCGGAGCGCAAGAUGCCCACUAUGGACUCUUUGUCUGCGCACACUUCACCCGCGGAAGCUGCGACCUCUUUGGCUUUUUCACCAGAACAGGUUGCGUGUGUUUGCGAGGCUCUUCAGCAGGGGGGCAACGUGGAUCGACUCGCCCGGUUUCUGUGGUCUCUACCGCAGAGCGACUUACUGCGCGGUAACGAGAGUAUCCUCCGCGCUCAGGCGCUGGUGGCCUUCCAUCAGGCGCGCUACCAGGAGCUUUACAGCAUCUUGGAGAGCCACAGCUUCAGCCCUUCGUGCCACUCUGCCCUCCAGGACUUAUGGUACAAAGCCCGGUACACGGAGGCGGAGAAGGCCCGCGGUAGACCGCUGGGCGCAGUGGAUAAAUAUCGCCUGCGACGGAAGUUUCCCCUGCCCCGGACCAUCUGGGAUGGAGAGGAGACGGUGUACUGCUUCAAAGAGCGCUCCAGGAAUGCUCUAAAGGAACUCUAUAAGCAGAACCGGUACCCGUCCCCAGCCGAGAAAAGGAAUCUGGCCAGGAUCACAGGACUGUCCCUCACACAGGUCAGCAACUGGUUCAAAAACAGAAGGCAGAGAGACAGAAACCCGUCAGAGGCGCAGUCCAAAAGUGAGUCAGAUGGAAAUCACAGUACGGAGGAUGAGAGCAGUAAAGGUCAGGAGUCUCUGUCCCCGUGUCCGAUGUCAACCUGCAGUGAUGGGACCGUGCGUAAUGCAGUUGUGUCUCUCUGCUCUGGAGCUCUGGAGGCCGGGGUCAUCGUCCAGCAGGGUGCAGACAGCAGGAACUCUGUCUCGCCAGCAUCUGUCAUCUUUAACGGAGUCUCAGUCAACACUCCCACCUCUGUUUUCCACAACGGCACCCCUUCAUUUCUCUCCACCACAGGACACGUCCUCUUUAGUGGCAUGAACUUGGGACUCCAGUCCCUGGCUUGCAGAUCAGCAGCAGAUCUGGAGAUGGAUGGUGCAGGAGAGGAUAAACCAGUAACGGCAGACCCUGCACUUGCGUACACCUCGUUUCACUGCACUGUGAAUGGGACAGACAUAGAGGUGAAAGCAGAGAAUGUGAGGCAGGAUGUGUCAGUCCAGGACCAGACCACAUCUAUUAGCUCGCCAUUCAACGUGACUCCAUCUGACGGCUUGCAGCUUGUAGGUUACAACUUGGUUUCUGAAGGCAAUGGGACCUCGCUGCUCAGCAACAAGGUGGUACUUCCUUCCUUGCAACUCUCAUCAUCUUCUUCACCCUCAUCAGGCAUUGUUGAUGGCAGUUCUCCUGCUCCCGCCUCUCUGUGCCACAACCAGGUGGAGGAGCAGGACAGGCUACAGCUGACCUCGCUUGAGCCCAGCACAGCACUCUACAGCCUGGUUCGUGUACACACACAGUCUGCUGUGAAGAAAGAACCUAUGGAGAAUCAUGGUGGAUACCUUUACCACCUGGGUUACAGUCAUGACCCCACCCACAGCUCCCCCACCUCACUUAACACAACCAUGGCAACCACCCAACAAGACUACACUACUCUCACAGUGAGCGCACCCUUACUCGCCCAAACGGACCUUACCGGUGAGUUCAGAGGUCAUGAUGCCCAGAUGACCUCAAACCUAAAUGGAGACUUCCUAUGUGCGGUUUCAGAGGGGGCGAAGGGUGAGAUGAGAGAAAUGGAGGAUGAAGGGGAAAAACACCUGACAAAACUAAAAACUGUGCAUAUAGAAGAGAUGACUGACCUUUGAAUUUAAGUGGAGAAAGAGGUAAAAUACUUCUUACCAAAAAUCACAGCAUUAUUUUGAAAUAUUGAUUGAGGGUUUUUUGUUUUGUUUUCAGCCUUUGAAAGUUUUGAUGUUAUGUUUUUUUAAGUGUUAAAUUAUUUUGGUGAAUCUGUCACUUGGUUUCACUCCAGUUUGGUUUGGAGAAUCUAUGCAAAGUCAUAUUUGGAGGACACAGCUUUUGAAAGUGCCCCCCCCCCCCCCCCCCCCACACACACACACACCUUCUCUCUAUUUCCACACACAGGUUUCUUUUCAACUAUACUCCAUAAGUACAACAGAGGUUUUCAAACUGGGGUCCAGAGACCUCCCAAAGGUCCACAAGAGAGUGCUAGGAGGUCCAUAUACAUGACAUUAUUAUUGUUUCAUUCUGGCUGAAAAAAGUUUAAUUUUAUUGUUUUUAAUUAUUUUAAUCUUUGUUUCUCUACAUCUAACAAAACUGAUAUGUAGAAACAGGAAACAGAGUAUCAUAAUAAAAUCUUUUUCCAGAUAAUAUUUGAAACACAUUUAAAUAUAUUUUUAUUUUCCCAGUAGAAUGAAGCUGCCUUUAUAUUUAAGGAAUGGUCUCCUUUGCUAUGGGAAUAAUUAUUUGGAAGUCAAAAAGUUUGAAAACCCCUGGUAUAUAAGAAGAAUAUUUUUUCCAUAUUUCCUCUAAUCCCUUCCAUCAAUCAUUUCAUAUUUAUUUAAGUGUUUACAUGCAUUUUUGAACUACAAAUACCAGACGGCUCUCAUUUUCUCUCAGUCGCUCCCUCUAUCUCUCUUCCUCUCACAGUGGGAAGUGUGGACAUGUGUGUGUUUUAUGAGAGUCACCUGCUAGUUUCUGCCAAGAAGAGUUGAGUUUAUCAGACAGGUGGACGUCUGGUCAUGUGUCAUCUGGGUCAGACCUUAAAGGUCACCUCCUCAUGGAAACACACAUGCACAGACACACUUUAUUCACAUGCAGAUUAAAAAUACAAAAUCUGUGACAAUCUCGGUGGCAUUGUCAUGGUCAUAUCAUCGCCUUCCAAUCGCAUUACUAAUAGGCAAAUAAUUAGUAUUGUAGACAAUUCAAAUAUAAAUACAAAUACACAAUGUUUGCUUAUACAAAUUAAGGGAUGAGUCAGAAUGGUGGAUGGUAAUCAAAUGCUUGUCACAGAUGCUGUAACAGAUGUUGUAUGACUGUUAAAGUUUAGGGUAUUAUCUGUGCAUAAAAAUAAUGCUAAGAACUACUUGUUUCAUUUGACAUGCAAACUGUUUUCAGAAGGAAAUUAGGGUAACUUAAUCCUUCAGAUCAUUCAAAAUAGUGAAAGCAAUUGUUUUCCUAAAGGAUUUGAUUCAGUUUACCAUCUGGGUUUUACAAUGAUCCAUCCCUGCAAGCACACAAAGAGAAUUUGCUGUCAGAACUAAAAUUACCUAAAAAGCAAUAACAAGCAAUAAGAAAAAUAACUUUAUAUGAUUGUGUAUGUGAGUGGUUUGUAUGUGUGUGUAUAUGGAAGAGUGUGUGUUUUUGGUUCCAGUAGUUUUUGGUUUUGAGUUUGUUUUUUGUGCCUCCUUGCAACGUGCGGUUGUUCUUCAGGUUGCCUGGAAUUUCUUUAAUGGUGUUUGGUGCUGGUUUGACAUCUGCAGUAUUUAACUCUAUGACAAAAGCUAUGCAACCAUUCUGGGAAUGAGAAAUGACUUUUAGAAAUGAAUGAAAAGUAUCCUACAGGAUUAUCAGACAUUAAAGGGAUAUAGGUUUGAAAUGAGCUAACGUAUGGCUAUAAAUAUAUGAGCAAAAAGCAAAACAGCCUUGUGAAUAAUAUUUUAGCAUGAACAAAAAUGUUAAAGUUGUGUAUUUUUCUACAAAAAAAAUAAAUAAAUAAGAAGCACAAAAAGUGAUUCAUUAAAUAUUUAUACUGGAAAACCA